AUGAAGUCUGCCAUUCUUCUCGCCCUUCCCGCCCUGGCUGCGGCCGGCGGCCCGCACGGCUUCGGCCUGCCUAAGAUCGACCUUCGUCCUAUGGUCUCGUCGAACCGUCUCCAGUCCAUGAUCACUCUCAAGGACCUGAUGGACGGCGCAAAGAAGCUCCAGGACAUCGCUACUAAGAACGGCGGCAACCGUGCCUUCGGUGGUGCCGGCCACAACGCCACAGUCGACUACCUCUACAAGACCCUGACCUCCCUGGGCGGCUACUACACUGUCAAGAAGCAGCCCUUCAAGGAGAUCUUCUCCUCCGGCUCCGGCUCCCUGAUCGUCGACGGCCAGGGAAUUGACGCCGGCAUUAUGACCUACACCCCUGGCGGCAGCGCCACCGCCAACCUCGUCCAAGUCGCCAACCUGGGCUGCGAGGACGAGGACUACCCUGCCGAGGUUGCCGGCAACAUUGCCCUUAUCUCCCGUGGUUCCUGCACCUUCAGCUCCAAGUCCCUGAAGGCCAAGGCCGCCGGUGCCGUCGGCGCUAUCGUCUACAACAACGUCCCUGGCGAGCUCUCGGGCACCCUGGGCACUCCCUUCCUUGACUAUGCCCCCAUCGUCGGUAUCAGCCAGGAGGACGGCCAGGUCAUCCUCGAGAAGCUUGCUGCCGGGCCGGUCACCGCUACCCUCAACAUCGAUGCCAUCGUGGAGGAGCGCACCACCUACAACGUCAUCGCCGAGACCAAGGAGGGUGACCACAACAACGUUCUGAUCGUCGGCGGUCACUCUGAUUCCGUUGCCGCCGGUCCCGGCAUCAACGAUGACGGCUCUGGCACCAUUGGUAUUCUCACUGUUGCCAAGGCUCUGGCCAAGGCCAACGUGCGUAUCAAGAACGCGGUGCGCUUCGCUUUCUGGUCGGCCGAGGAGUUUGGUUUACUCGGCUCCUACGCCUACAUGAAGUCCCUGAACGAGUCCGAGGCCGAAGUCGCCAAGAUCCGCGCCUACCUCAACUUCGACAUGAUCGCUUCCCCCAACUAUAUCUACGGCAUUUACGACGGUGACGGCAACGCCUUCAACCUGACCGGCCCGGCGGGUUCUGACAUCAUUGAGAAGGACUUUGAGGACUUCUUCAAGAAGAAGAAGACCCCCUCCGUCCCGACUGAAUUUUCGGGCCGCUCUGACUACGCCGCCUUUAUCGAGAACGGCAUUCCGUCUGGAGGUUUGUUCACCGGUGCUGAGGUCCUCAAGACCGAGGAGGAGGCCAAGCUCUUUGGUGGCAAGGCUGGGGUUGCCUACGAUGUGAAUUACCACAAGGCGGGCGACACUGUUGACAACCUCGCCAAGGACGCCUUCCUGCUCAACACCAAGGCUAUUGCCAACUCGGUGGCUAAGUAUGCUGCCAGCUGGGCUGGGUUUCCCAAGCCAAGCGCGGUUCGGCGCCGAUAUGAUGCCGAUAUGGCGCAACUGCUGAAAAGGAGCGGUGGUGUGCAUGGCCAUGGCCCGCAUACCCACUCUGGUCCUUGCGGCGGCGGUGAUCUGCUUUAA